AUGAUACUUUGGCACGCCUGCAAAAGGAGAUUUUGCGCUGGAGAAUGCUUGAUCGCCGCUCGAGUUGGGGUAUUCGGUAGAUUCGAUGCAAAAAUGAUCCAGCGGCCCUGCCCUCAUGACAUGUUUGCGGCCAGCUUAGCUUGUCGUCGCGAUUCUUCGUCCGGCCACUUCUCGUCUGUGCUGGACGCUGAGUUGCCAGUGCCAACUGCAAGAGCCUGA